GGUCACCGAGGCGAAACGGCCAGAGCGGCGCCAUGGAGGAGGCGCAGCGGCGGGCCCUGCGGCGCGGGCGGGCGCGGCUGGUGGCGGCGCUGCGGGUGGCGCCGCUCUGGGACCCGCUGGAGGACCGCGGCCUCUUCACCCGGCCCAUGGUCGAGGAGCUGCAGAGCGCCGGCAGCCGAGGAGAGCAAGCCCGGCAGCUGGUCAUCGACCUGGAGACUCGAGGGAAACGGGCUUUUCCUGUGUUUCUCUCCAUCCUGCGCGACACCGGGCAGGGCGACCUCGCGGACAUGCUGAUCGAGGAGUGCGAAUGCCCGCCGGCACCGCCGCAGCUGGCAGAUCCAAGGCCUGUCGAGCUGGACUUACGUGGGGAAAAGCAUCGUAAAAAUGUGAGCUUUCCUGAACGUUUGUCCAUCCCAGUCCAAGCCGAGAGUGAAAGACCUCAAACGCCUCCCGCACCAGCCCGGGGUUCGGCUGUUGACAAGAGGAACCACGAUCUGGUUUAUGAGCUGAAAGCGGACCCGUGCGGACACUGCCUGAUCAUCAACAACGUCAACUUCAGUAGAGACUCGAAUCUGUUGACUCGAGACGGCUCCGAUGUGGACUGCAGGAAGCUGGAGAAGCGCUUCAAGGCCUUGCGCUUUGACGUCCUGACUCGGCGGGAUCUGGAAGCUAAGGCAAUGGUUUCUGAGCUGCGGAAGCUGGCGCGGCAGGACCACAGGGCCUUGGAUUGCUGCGUUGUGGUCAUCCUUUCCCACGGUUGUCAGAUGAGCCAUAUUCAGUUUCCUGGAGGCAUUUACGGCACAGAUGGAAAACCCGUUCCAGUAGAGGAGAUUGUGAACUAUUUCAAUGGGUCCAAUUGCCCAAGUUUGAGAGGAAAACCCAAACUCUUCUUCAUCCAGGCCUGUGGUGGAGAACAAAGAGAUCGAGGCUUUGUAGUGGAUUGUGAUUCACCUGGAGACGACGCUCCUGGAGGUUCUCUGGAGUCGGACGCAACUCCUUUUCAGGCUCCGUCGGGUAACGUGGAUGAGCCGGACGCCGUAGCCAGUUUGCCCACGCCCAGCGACAUCUUGGUCUCCUACUCGACUUUUCCAGGUUUUGUCUCCUGGAGGGAGACGGCAAGAGGCUCAUGGUACGUGGAAAUGCUGGACAGUGUGCUGGAGCAAUACGCCCAUUCGGAACACCUGCUCAACAUGUUACUGCGGGUGGCAGACGCCGUCUCUGCCAAGGGGCAGUACAAGCAGAUGCCGGGCUGUUUCAACUUCCUCCGUAAAAAAUUCUUCUUCGCCUACAAAUGACGUGCGGGCUCCAAGGUCCCCACCAAGCGCGAGAGUUACUUCACCACUGCCGGCUGACAUCCGUGCCCGCCGUGACUCGGCGUCGAUGCUCCCGGUGGCCUUUUUCUGUCUGUCUGUCGAGAUGUUUGUCUUGAGAAACGUAAUCAGUGAAUGCUUUCCUUGCUGUGCAAUAGAGAGAAGUUGGAGACUGGUGCCGUGCUGAUGGGAAAUGUUAGGGACAGGCAAAGGAAGCCCCUUUGCCGGGGCAUGGGCCAGCCUGAAGCCUCCGCGCUCGCCGAGAGCGCCUCUAGCUCACUGCGACAU